UAUUCUUGCAAUCCAUUCUUCCUGCCUACAAUUGAAGCCGGUGCCAUUAUUUUGACCUUCAAUGGAUCAGCCUUCAACGUGGAUGAAAGUGGUGAGAGGAGAAAAGAGAAGGAAUCAACAAAGAAAGGCAUGGUCACUAGACUUAUUAGGGCUACCAUACGAACAACCAUGAGUAACUUACAAUCUUCUAACGAAAUCGAAGAGGGAAUUCUCACAUCUGAGAAAGAUAAUAGAUUCGAGAAAGUCCGCUUGAAUACUGAGUGA